AUGGAUAUUAUAAAGCACUUUUCCAGAUGCUCAAAGUCAGGGCCGUCCACAGACCUUUCAGGGGGCAUUUCUUUCUGCAACAAGACAUGAUUGACAUGGGGAAAAUAGGAUGGGCUAUCAGCUGAUCAUUGAUGUUGGUGAUUGAUGUAAAUCUGCUAGUUAGCUCGCUCCAUUUAUUUUCCUGAUUCUUUGAUAUCUUUCUGCCUCUCUCUCUGCUGCCUAUCAGCCAACCAGAUGCAAUAUUGAUGAUGAUGUAAGCUAAAUCAAAUGUUAUGCUGCUGUUGAAGUACUGUUGUAUUUAAACUAGGUAGAUAGACAGACACUCGACCGGUGACCGUAUCUCUCAACCGGGCUUGUAAUCUCAGUACAGGGCAGACUGGGAAUAGGGGGGAAAAUUAUACCACCACCCAAAAUGACACUUAGGAGACUGGAAGGUGCAAAGGGCAUGUUCUCUACACAGGUAAGGCCCUGUCUGUGCAUGUGCCUGAUCAAAGUAUGAGGGGAAGUCGUAUAUUAUUACAAUAUGAUGAUAUUAUAGUAAUAUCUUGUAUAAUAAGGAUUGGAUUUAUAUAGCACUUUUCCAUGUGCUCAAAGCACUUUAGAUUGCAUGGGGAGGGAAAGUCUCCUCAUCCAGCACCAAUGUGUCACCCACCUGGACUGUGUCAGGGCAGCCAUUGUGGUUCCAGAAAGUUAAUCAGCCAUGUCAAUGACAGAUCAGGGGACACGAUAUACAAUAUGACACGAUACAAUAAAAUGGCUCAAGACUGGAUCACUGCUUGAAGUAUUUGCGUUUUCUUUGUGGGCCACAGUAAAGACUACAUGAAUAUUUACAAACUAUUACAGUGAAAAACAGUCUGAGAACUUCUGAUCUUCUGCAAUAUUUCUCAAUAAUCGUUGUUCUUGAACAAUUGUACUGUAUUUCCUCUUUGUGAAUCCACAUGGCAGCUGCUGUAGCAAAGGCUGAUCUAAAACCACAUGUCAGAAAUAGGAAGUUCCUAAAAAAUGAUCUUAAACAUGGAAAAUAUUUCUCCUCUCCAUGUUGCAUGUCAGAAGCUCUGGGUUCUAGUUUUAGGCUAGAAGUGAUUGUUUUAGGAACCACAGACUGAUGAUCAAUGUUACCAUAUCCUCUUCUCUGGAUAGGUGCUUUAUUAAAACGUCAGUCUGAGGCUGUAUGACUGGAGGAAGGGGAGAGGAAGAGAGAGAUAAGUAGAGAGACAGAGAACUGGAGGUGUGAGGAAGGAGGGAGAGAGAGAGAGAGAGGCAGAGGAGGUGUGACAGGAGGAAGGAGAGGGAUAAUUGAGAGAGAAUAGAAAGAGAAGUGGAGGUACGAUGGGAGGAAGGAGAGAUAGAAUAGAAAGAGAAUGGAGGUACGACAGGAGGAAGGAGAAAGAGACAGAAGGUACGACAGGAGAAAGGAGAGAGAGACACAGAAGGUACGACAGGAGGAAGGAGAGAGAGACACAGAAGUUACGACAGGAGGAAGGAGAGAGAGACACAGGAGGUACGACAGGAGAAAGGAGAGAGAGACAGAAGGUACGAUGGAGGAAGGAGAGAGAGACACACAGAAGGUACGACAGGAGGAAGGAGAGAGAGAAAGAAGGUACGACAAGAGGGAGGAGAGAGAGACACACAGAAGGUAUGACAGGAAGAAGGCGAGAGAGACACACAGAAGGUACGACAGGAGGGAGGAGAUAGAGAGACACAGAAGGUAUGACAGGAGGGAGGAGAGAGAGACACACAGAAGGUACGACAGGAGGGAGGAGAGAGAGACACACAGAAGGUACGACAGGAAAAAGGAGAGAGAGACACAGAAGGUACGACAGGAGGAAGGAGAUAGAGAGACACAGGAGGUACGACAGGAGGGAGGAGAGAGAGACACACAGGAGGUACGACAGGAGGGAGGAGAGAGACACACAGAAUGUACGACAGGAAAAAGGAGAGAGAGACACAGAAGGUACGACAGGAGGAAGGAGAGAGAGACAGAAGGUACGACAGGAGGAAGGAGAGAGAGACACAGAAGGUACGACAGGAGGGAGGAGAGAGAGACAGGAGGUACGACAGGAGGAAGGAGAGAUAGACACAGAAGGUACGACAGGAGGAAGGAGAGAGAGACACAGAAGGUACGACAGGGGAAGGAAGAGAGAGAGAAAGAAGGUACAACAGGAGGAAGGAGAGAGAGACACAGAGGAAGGUACGACAGGAGGAAGGAGAGAGAGACAGAAGGUACGACAGGAGGAAGGAGAGAGAGAGAAGGUACGACAGGAGGAAGGAGAGAGAGAAAGAAGGUACAACAGGAGGAAGGAGAGAGAGACACAGAAGGUACGACAGGAGGAAGGAGAGAGACACACAGAAGGUACGACAGGAGGAAGGAGAGAGGGACACAGAAAGUAUGACAGGAGGAAGGAGAGACACACAGAAGGUACGACAGAAGGAAGUAGAGAGAGACACACAGAAGGUACGACAGGAGGAAGGAGAGAGACACACACAGAAGGUACGACAGGAGGAAGGAGAGAGAGACACAGAAGGUACGACAGGAGGAAGGAGAGAGAGACACACAGAAGGUACGACAGGAGGGAGGAGAGAGAGACACACAGAAUGUACGACAGGAAAAAGAGAGAGAGACACAGAAGGUACGACAGGAGGAAGGAGAGAGAGACAGAAGGUACGACAGGAGGAAGGAGAGAGAGACACAGAAGGUACGACAGGAGGGAGGAGAGAGAGACACACAGAAGGUACGACAGGAGGAAGGAGAGAGAGACAGAAGGUACGACAGGAGGAAGGAGAGAGAGACAGAAGGUACGACAGGAGGAAGGAGAGAGAGACACAGAAGGUACGACAGGAGGAAGGAGAGAGAGACACAGAAGGUACGACAGGAGGAAGGAGAGAGAGAAAGAAGGUACAACAGGAGGAAGGAGAGAGAGACACAGAAGGUACGACAGGAGGAAGGAGAGAGACACACAGAAGGUACGACAGGAGGAAGGAGAGAGGGACACAGAAAGUACGACAGGAGGAAGGAGAUAGAGAGACACAGAAGGUACGACAGGAGGAAGGAGAGACACACAGAAGGUACGACAGGAGGAAGUAGAGAGAGACACACAGAAGGUACGACAGGAGGAAGGAGAGAGAGACACACAGAAGGUACGACAGGAGGAAGUAGAGAGAGACACAGAAGGUACGACACUUGUUUCAGAAAGACAGAUUCCCCACAUCAUAUGCUGUAGUGUACUAGAACACAGUGCUAGACUAGGUCUGCAUCCCAAAUGGUACUCUAUUCCCUGUAUAGUGCACUCCUUUUGACCAGAACCCUGUAGCUGUUCUAGGCCAGAGAGGAAUGCACACUGUUGUGUGUCUAGCCAAGCGGAAAUUCACCUAUCCACUUCAUCCAUUAAGGAAGUAGACCCUCUUUAUGCAAAUCCUUAAAAGUACACUUAUACAGUGCCAGGCCAUGAUAACUUAACAGGG